AUGGAGGGGCUGACGCAGAGGGGUCCCGAGCUCGGCCCGGCGGGGCUUCCGGCUCAGCAGGACUGCAGCAUUCAAGAAAAAAUAGAUUUAGAAAUUCGAAUGCGACAAGGAAUAUGGAAACUCCUUUCUCUGAGCACUCAGAAAGACCAGAUUUUACUUGCAGUAAAGAAUCUCAUGGUGUGCAAUGCUCGAAUAUUGGCUUAUACAUUGGAGCUACAGAAAUUAGAAGAACAUAUUGCAAAUCAAAGUGGAAGAUGUGAUGUGAAUUUUGAAAGUAAGGAACGAACAGCAUGUAAAGGAAAGCUUGCCCUAUCAGAUAUUCGAAUACCACUAAUGUGGAAAGACUCUGAUCACUUCAGCAAUAAAGAACGAUCACAGCGCUAUGCCAUUUUUUGUUUAUUCAAAAUGGGAGCUGAAGUUUUUGAUACUGACAUGGUAAUUGUCGAUAAAACAAUCACAGAUAUAUGUUUUGAAAAUGUGACCAUAUUUAAUGAAGCAAGGCCAGACUUUCAGAUAAAGGUGGAACUAUAUAGUUGCUGUACAGAAGAAUCUUCUAUAAUCAACACACCAAAAAAAUUAGCUAAGAAACUGAAGACAUCUAUAAGUAAAGCUACAGGGAAGAAAAUAAGUUCAGUGCUUCAAGAAGAUCAUGAAACGUGUUUGUCCUUUGGUUCUGCUAUUUCUGGUGCAAAGUAUAAUUUGCUAGCUCAUACUACACUGACCUUGGAAAAUGCUGAGGACAAUUUCAAGACCCAUAAUCUGUCUAUUAAUGGAAAUGAGGAGUCUUCAUUUUGGCUUCCCUUAUUUGGCAACAUGUGCUGCCGAUUAGUCGCCCAGCCAGCUUGUAUGGCUGAGGAUGCAUUUGCAGGAUUUCUUAAUCAGCAGCAAAUGUUAGACAGUCUGAUUAGUUGGAGAAGGUUGUAUUGUGUUUUGAGAGGAGGUAAACUCUAUUGUUUUUACACUCCAGAAGAAAUUGAAGCUAAAGUGGAACCAGCUUUGGUAGUUUCCAUUAACAAGGAGACCAGAAUCCGAGCAAUGGAUAAGAAUGCCAAGAAAAGAAUCCAUAAUUUUUCUGUGAUCAACCCAGGUGCUGGCCAGGCUGUAACUCAUAGUUUUGCAGCGGACAGUAGAGAAGAUCUCCAGAAUUGGAUGGAAGCUUUCUGGCAGCAUUUCUUUGAUCUUAGCCAAUGGAAGCACUGCUGUGAAGAACUUAUGAAAAUUGAGAUUAUGUCACCACGGAAACCACCUUUGUUCUUGACAAAAGAGGCGACCUCAGUCUACCAUGAUAUGAGCAUUGAUUCCCCUAUAAAACUUGAAAGUUUAACUGAUAUAAUACAAAAAAAAAUUGAAGAGACAAAUGGACAGUUUCUUAUUGGUCAGCGUGAAGAAUCCACACCACCUCCGUGGACCACACUCUUUGAUGAUAAGCAUGAAGUGGCCCUCCAGAAAAAGACGUUAUCUUCCGCAAGCACACAGUUACAGGAUGGAAAACGGAAAAAGAGGCGCGCUCCCCUUCCUCCUCCUGAUAAAGCUCCAUUCAGCUUAGAAAUGCAGAGCAGCACUGAUCAGUUGGUUAAGGACGACAGGGAAAAAACAAGUGUAUCUCAGACCUCUUCUUUGGAUACCAAAUUAUCAACCCUAAUGCAUGACUUACAGAAACCAGUAGCUGCUCCUCGAAAACUUCCUCCUGCCAGGAAAAGUAGUUUAACCAAUGGUCAAAAUACAGACACUAAAACCAAUAUUGAAGCCAAGCCAGUGCCAGCUCCAAGGCAGAAAUCUAUCAAAGACAUUUUGGACCCUAGAUCAUGGUCGCAGGCACAAGUAUAG